UGCAAAUGUUUUUGUUUCGCCGUUUGUGUAAAAUUAAAUAAAAUGGUGAAACCCAAAAGAAUAAAAUCUUCGAAAAAAAAAAGAAAUCACGCUUCGCAUAAUGAAAAGCCCGCCAGUUCAAUUCAAAAAUCGCAGCGAUUAUUGCUUACUCCAUCAAAACCUCGUCGCAAAACGAGCCGGCCUUUGCCCAAAAGCAAAGCCCUGGAAUCUUUAUCUGGAAAAAAACCCAUGCCGUCCUUAUCGGAAUUGGAAAAAAUGUACGAAGAAACAGAUAGUGAAGAAGAGGAGGCGAAAGGUGAUAAUACAGGUAAUGCAGCCGCAGACCAACACAAUUCUUCUAGUUUUGUAGUGCCUUUAUCACCAACAACUGCUAAGAAAUAUGCUGAUGAAGUACUGAAAAUUCUAGAUGGUAAUGAAGAACCGCCCCCCAUUAUACCAAUGAAAAAAUACAAGAAAUCUGGUGUACCUUAUAUAGUUAACUGUACAGCGCGCCCUAGGAUACCUGAAAAUAAAAAUAUAUGCAAUUUAUUUAAAGGUGAUGAUUAUGGCAUUACUAGCAAAACUAAUGAUUUCAGCAUUGACAGUACUUCCAUUGACAGCUCAGGAUUCAGUUAUAAUUGCAAUGGACCUCAAUUCUCAAAGUCGAUUUUCAAUGCUCAAGCAAAUGAAAUUGCAUCGAGACUCCUAUCUCCAAGCAACAAUCCAAUUAAUGGCUCUGACAGUGAUAAUACAGAAGGUUAUGAAAUGAAUACUGCUGAUGGAUUGGAUGGAUUUUCACCUCAGCCAAGCACUUCUAACGAUAGUGAAAUUAUUCAAAGCAAUGAUCAAAAAUUUAAUGAAUGCUUUAAUCAGAGAAAUAAAAUCAAAGAAACUGUUGUUUUAAAAGAGCAUAGCUUAUUUGUUUUAGAUGUAGAAAACAAUACUGCUGAGCUGCAAGUUAUAUCAAAGCCUCAAUGUAAUAUACAGACACAUGGCAUAGUAGAUAAAUUACUGCAGACAAACAAUGACACAUCAUGUGACUUUCAUGAUAUAGAAAUUGUUGAACAACCUUGUGAAACUAUAGUUAUCGAUGAUGAUGAUGAUAGCAUUCAUGCAAAUACUAGACUUCAGACUAUCUCAAUAGAUGAUGAUUGUGAAAUAAUUGGUGUAAAUAAAAUAAAUGAAAAAAAACAUGCUAAAUUAACAAAGAACACAAAUAAUAUACCAAAGAUGGUUGAAGAUUAUCAUAACCCUUUUGAUCCACAUGUAAUUGAUGCAAUAGAUUUAACCAGUGUCAAUUACGAAGAUAUGCUUUCUGAAAAUCUGUCUUUAAUCAAUAAAUAUAGUAAGCUUAAUACAUUAAAUACUGUCAAUUUAGUAAAGGCUGAUGUAAUAGCUACUUGUUCUAAGGCUAAUACAAACACAUAUGAAAAUGUGAAUACUAUUGAAAGUCAAGUUAACCAAAAUAAUGCACAUCAAAGUACAAAUCUAUCUACCACAAAUACUGUAAAGGCUAAUGUAGUAGCUACAUGUUCUAAGAAAAAUAAAAACACAAAUAAAAAUGUGAAUACCAUUCAAUGUCAAGUUAACCUAAAUAAUGCACCUCAAACUACAAAUCAAUCUAUAGAACUACAAAACUAUGUACAAACCUAUCUAGAUUAUCCUGAUCACCUAGAUAAUAUUCUCACAGAUUUUUUUAGCCAUUUAAAGGAGAGUAAUAAUUCAUUCUCAACUCAAAAAACUAAUUUGUCUAGCCAUGAAAAGAUUAUGCCUAACAUUUCUCUAAAUAAUGAUUUAAAUAGUCCUCAAAGUAAAAAUAGUUUAUCUGAAAAUUUAAUCUCUCAACAUGCACUAGGCACCUGCCCAAUUUGUUUGGAUGACUUGUCUAGGGACACUGUGGGAUCAACCAAUUGUGGCCAUCUAUUCUGCUUGCCCUGUAUAACUGCAGCAUUGAAAACUAAACCUAAACGGUGUCCUUCAUGUAGAAAGAAAUUGACUGGUAAAGGAUAUCAUCAGAUUUUCUUGUAGAUUGUCUUAAUGAACAUGUAUUAGUUCCUAAUAUUAAAAGUAUCAACAGCAUUAUAAACUAAUGGAUGUCCACUGCUGGAAAAAGGCACCUUGCAAGGACUUCCAAAUGCAAAAAUCUUUGCCAUAUGUAUUCAACAGCUGCCUGUUAGUUGCUUGGUAUCAUUGGUUCAUAGUGGGUGGUUAGCUUAUUGUUACUUGAUCUUUGUGACUAUUUGAGCGACUUGUAUGACUUUUUGUCCUGCAAAUCUUUUAAUUUCUAAUCAGCAUAAAGCGUUAAUCAUCAAUUAUGAGCCUCAAAUGCUUGUUAGAUUUGGAGCUGGACUCAAAUCUGUGAGGUUCUACUACUUUUAUUGAAGAGCCACUUUCUUUAAAGGUAAUUAAUUGAGUCAUAUUUCAUUCUGUAUAAAAUACUUGUAAGUUGCAUUUUGCAAGACUUAUAAUUUGCAGUUUCUAAAUAUUCUUAAAAAAAAUUAAUAAUAAUAUUAUUUUAGUGUUUUGUGUAAAGUGUACUGUGUAGUAUUUAUUGUAUAUUAAAAGAAAUCCUGUAAUAUAACAAAUGUAACUUUUCAUAAAGAAAUAAUUAUUAUUCUUUUUAUUUUAAAUAUGUAGGUAAUUUAACAAAGCCAUAGUAUUCUGUAUUAAUAUAAUUAAAGAGUUAACGUUUGUGAGAUUGUAGGCAUAGAUGUAAAUAUGUGUAGGGGAUAAUCUCUCUACUGACCUCUCUCUCUAUUCUUAAACCAAGAAAAAGUUAUUAUUACACAUAGUCAUAGCUAAGUCAUAAAUUUUAUCCCUGUAUUCCUACGGGAAUAGGUGCAUACUACCACCUACCAGCAUAUUGGUGAAACCACAGGGAAUAUUGAUGAAACUGCUAGUAGCUAACAAUAAUUUAAUUAAUACAAUAAAAUGUUAUGGUAUUAGAUUAGGGUUCACAUUAAUCCAUCAAAUUGUACAUUACCAACUGAAAUGUAAAUUAAGGCAUUGUUCAAGCAUUUCAAAUUUAAUUUUGAAAUUCAAUGUUAUGGUUGAACAUUGAGAUUGGAUCUUCUGUGACUAUAUUUUUUGUUUUUGUCUAUGUGGGUGGCUCUUCUAUAAGUUUUUGUUAGUGUUGGUCAAAAAGUGAAAGUUUGUUGGGUUAUUGGCCUUGGGAGAUCGCAGAUAACAAAAGUCCAGAUCUGUUCUCGAUGUUGGAUCAAUUGCUUUGAGAGUUGGCACUUAACAAAAAUUCAAGGCCCUCAGUUUGUUCUCAAUAUUGGAUUAUUGGCUUUGGGAGAUUGCAGGUUAUAAAAGUCCAGACCCUCAAUCUGUUUUUGAUGUCUGGCAACGGUGGCCAUGGCAUUUCAAACCUUCCAAAGCCGCCAUGAUCUAAACUCUCAUCUUUAGCAUAAGUUGAUUAACUAAGUUUUUAUAAAAUUACGAAAGUAUGGCCUUCAAAAGCUCUUUUUCUAUAAUGAAUCCAAGUCCCAUUGAUUUAUGUUUUUUUUUUGUUUAGCUUUGAUUUUUAUUAUUUUGUCUAAGAUUGCUGCAUAAAAUUUAUUGUAGGUAUAUUUAAAGUGUAAGUUAGCAUAAGAAAAGUAACCAAAAUGUAACUAAGUAGACUCUAGCCAUUGACCUCUUAUAAUAUAAGGACGCACAAUCAUGUAGAAAAUUGCACUUAAAAACUGGCCAAUUUUGCUUUGACAGUUUUAGAAUUAUUGGUAAAGAAAAUUAUACCUAAAGGCCUUUAAUAUAGUCCAAUAUUCAAUAAAGUCCUAAAUUAAGAACAAAUUCAACCUUAACGAUUGAGUUUAAGGUUGAAUUUGCAAAUGCGACUACUUGAAUUGAGUACUAAGAAGUUGUGUUUGGCACUCAUUGAGUGGGGACAUUUUUUGGUCGCUGAUGGUGCAUCCACUUUUUAGUAGGAGAUUGAUGGCUCUUACUUUAGAUAUUAAACUUGGAAACUGUAGAACAACCCUUGUCAUGUCAUGCUACAUUAUUGUUAAAGUUCUUGAUUUUAUUUAUCCAUGUACAACAUACUCCAAAAAAUACCUAAAGGUAUUGAACUAUCAACUAAGUAUAGUUUAUUAUAAACGUUAAACUAGUUACCAUUUCCUUUUUUUCUCUUUCUGUAUAAGUAUAUCAUAUUUAUAAUAAAUUGUGAUUGUGAUGAUCGACAGUGGCGUGCAUUUUAUCCAAAGCAGGAUCUUCGUAUUUUUGGUCAGGUUAUAGACCCAAAAAUACACUUUCUACCCUGAUUACAUAUUGAAGAAGCAUUAUUCCAUUUAGUAUAACUUCAAGAUGUUGACAAGUCCACUUAUAGGAGCCAAACUUUAUUUUUUUUUAUAAGUGAGUCUGUCGAUAUUGCAAUUGGCAUACAGCAUUUCACUUCAUGAUACUUAUCGAUGAAGUCAGCUACUUCAUGAUUCUAUUUUUAUCACUGAAUAAGUUUGGCUAGGUUAUAGUAUAAUCUACGAAUGUGAUAAAAGAGACAUGAUUUAUGAUCUAUUUACAAAAGAAAUAAUUUUUACUCAGAAAAUAUUCAUUUUUAACCGACUUCCAAAAAGGAGGAGGUUCUACGUUCGGCUGUAUGUAUGUUUUUUUUUUUUUUUUUUUUUUUUUUUUAUGUAUGUCCAGCGAUAAUUCCGUCAAUUAUGGACCGAUUUUAAAAAUUCUUUUUUUGUUUUGUAGGGUUUACUUCCAGGGUGGUCCCAUUUUUUUCAUGUCAGGAUCUGAUGAUGGCAUCCUGGAGAAAUUGAGGGGAACUUUCGAAAGUUGUAGAGACGGCUAGUACGUUUGUUAGUGUUUCCAUAAGGUAUUUUAAAGCACUACAACUUUAUGAAGGUUUGGAGUUGGUCUGAUGAUGGAGCCGAAACAUAGACGAUGGAACUCAUCAAGGAUUUACAGCAGUCACCUUUUGUUUGGGCUUGAUUAAUUUGUAUUGAUGAGUACUUUCCACCUAUAUAGGUUGUGACUGUAUUAAGGGUCUGGUGAUGAAGACGAGGGACAGUGAAGAGAACUCCUCGACGGUUCACAGUAGCUACCUUGUGUUUGGACUUGAUAAAUUUGUAUUGAUGAGAACUUACCACCUAGAUGGAUUGUGACUGUAUUAAGGGUCUGAUGAUGAAGACGAGGGACAGUGAAGAGAACUCCUCGACGGUUCACAGUAGCUACCUUGUGUUUGGACUUGAUAAAUUUGUAUUGAUGAGAACUUUCCACCUAGAAGGAUUGUGACUGUAUUAAGGGUCUGGUGAUGAAGACGAGGGACAGUGAAGAGAACUCCUCGACGGUUCACAGUAGCUACCUUGUGUUUGGACUUGAUAAAUUUGUAUUAAUGAGAACUUUCCACCUAGAUGGAUUGUGACUGUAUUAAGGGUCUGAUGAUGAAGACGAGGGACAGUGAAGAGAACUCCUCGACGGUUCGCAGUAGCUACCUUGUGUUUGGACUUGAUCAAUUUGUAUUGAUGAGAACUUUCCACCUAGAUGGAUUGCGAAUGUAUUAAGGGUCUGGUGAUGAAGACGAAGCACAGUGAAGAGAACUCCUCGACGGCUCACAGUAGCUACCUUGUGUUUGGACUUGAUAAUUUUGUAUUGAUAAGAACUUUUCACUUAGAUAGUUUGUGACUGUACAGACGCAGAGGGUAUGCUAACACUAAAAAUAAAAAAAUAAAAAUUUUAAUAAAAAAAAUUCAACCGACUUCCAACUCAAAAAAUAACUUUAACUAAAAAGCAAAAAAUAACAUCCUACCUAUGUGCUACCUUCUGAUCAGUUUGAAGGCGGUGCCAAGCCAGUGUCGUGUUUUAAUUAAAGCUGUUUCUGGAAUAACCACAGAAAUUUUGUAGUUUAAACGUAUUUAAUUAAAACAUCACUGGCUUGGCACCGCCUUCAAACUGAUCAGAAGGUAGCACAUAGGUAGGAUGUUAUUUUUUGCUUUUUAGUUAAAGUUAUUUUUUGAGUUGGAAGUCGGUUGAAUUUUUUUUAUUAAAAUUUUUUAGAACACAUGUUCCUUAGACAUAUUUAAUUAAUUUUUCUUAAAAAAUAUAACCCUAGUUAUGGGAAAAACUCCCGAACACCCUGUAUACCUUGGUUUAAAACCUUGUGCAUGACACUGAUGAUCAAUCCAAAUCCUUUGAUUUGAAAGAGUAGGUACCUACUCAAAUGUGCUCUUUUACAAUGAAAAAUAAAUCAGAUUGUUGAAAUUACAUUGAUUUAUACUACUUAAUAAAUAAGAUAAUUUUUAUAUAGACUAGAUAUAGAUGUGUGUGAAUUAAUAAAUAACCUUUUAGUCUGAA